UGUGGCUGUGACUUUUACGCAUUUUCAUAAAUUAUAGUCUUCCAUUUCGGUUGAAAUACUUUAAACUGUGUUCCAAGUGGGGAUAAAGGAGGUUGGCAACGUGUCAGUUUGGAUUUCAAGUUUGAUAGACUGCCAUGACAACUGACAAGGUUUUAGUUGCAGUUCGUCUUAGGCCUGUUAAUCGCAGGGAGGUUGAGCUGAACACAAAAUGUGUGGCAGACAUGGAGAAAUCCCAGACUGUUCUUUAUCAUCCCCAGGACACGCCCCUAGAUGUGCAUGGUCGGCUGGUGGGCGGAGGUGGUGGCGAAGGAGGUCGGGGCAGAAGGAAGGCCCCAAAAUCAUUUGCCUUCGACCACUGCUUCUGGUCCAUGGACAAAGACAAUCCCAAGUUUGCAAGCCAGCAGGAGGUUUUCCAGAGCCUUGGUGAGCCAGUGUUACAGGGAGCGUUUGAGGGAUACAAUGGCUGUAUAUUCGCAUAUGGACAAACAGGUUCAGGAAAAUCCUAUACAAUGAUGGGUACUAUGGAGGAGAAAGGCAUUAUCCCUCGUCUGUGUGACGCUCUGUUUGAUCAAAUUGCCAAGCGGGAGAACGAGUCGACUGGUUUUAAAAUGGAGGUCUCGUACAUGGAGAUUUACAAUGAAAAGGUCCACGAUCUGCUGGAUUUAAAGGGGCAUAAACAGAAUCUGAAGGUGCGAGAGCACAACAUCCUGGGCCCAUAUGUUGACGGACUUUCCACCCUGGUCGUCAACAACUUCCAGGACAUAAACAAUUUAAUGAAUGAGGGGAACAAAUCUCGGACGGUAGCGGCCACCAAUAUGAACAGCGAGAGUAGUCGAUCACACGCUGUCUUCAACAUCAUUGUCACCCAGACACUUACAGACCUGAAAACAUCUGUGUCUGGUGAGAAAGUGAGCAAGCUGAGCCUUGUGGAUCUGGCAGGGUCAGAGAGGGCUCAGAAAACAGGGGCCAUAGGGGACAGACUGAGGGAAGGCAGUAAUAUUAACAAGUCGCUAACCACACUGGGUCUUGUAAUCUCGGCCCUGGCUGAGUCGGGGAAGAGCAAGAAUAAGUUUGUGCCGUACCGCGACUCUGUACUCACAUGGCUUCUAAAGGAUAACUUAGGUGGGAACAGUCGGACAGUCAUGGUAGCCACAAUUAGUCCGGCGGCAGACAAUUACGAGGAGACUUUGUCCACUCUGCGGUACGCAGACCGAGCAAAGAGAAUCGUGAACCAUGCUGUCGUGAACGAGGAUCCAAAUGCCAGGAUUAUACGAGAACUGAGAGAAGAGGUGGAUACAUUACAUAAAGAGUUGAAGGAAGCUCAGAGCCUGAAGGCACCGGACCUGAAGGAGAAGCUUGAAGAGUCAGAGAAACUGCUGAAGGAGAUGAGAAAGACCUGGGAGGAGAAGAUGGCCGAGACUGAACAGAUACAACUGGAACGUCACCAAGCGCUGGAGGAGAUGGGUGUUUCCGUGGAGACGGAGGGGAUCAAGGUUCAACACAGUCGCUUCUUCCUCGUCAACCUGAACGCCGACCCCUCCCUUAACGAACUGCUCGUCUACUAUCUCAAGGAGAGGACUGUUGUUGGGUGUCCAAAUGACGAGACAAGGCCCGAUAUCCAGCUGAGGGGACUCGGGAUCCAGCCAACACACUGUAUUGUGGAAAUAGAGGAGAGCGAAGUGUUUGUCACUCCCAUAGAUGGCGCCAGGUCAUGUGUGAAUGGCUCAGUUAUAAGGGAGAGAACCAAGGUUAACUACGGAGACCGAAUCCUCUGGGGCAACAAUCACUUCUUCCGAGUCAACACCCCUGUACAAAACAGGCCACAGACAAACAGCUCCGAUGCGGACCAGACGAUUGACUUCCAGUUUGCUCAGCAUGAGCUGAUGAUGAAAGAGUACAGCAACGAUCCAAUCUCUGAAGCUAUCAGCGCUGUGGAGAAACAGUACGAGGAGGAUAAACAAGUGGCCCUGGAGCAGCAGCGACAGAUGUAUGAGAGACAGAUGCAGCAGCUGCGAUAUCAACUCAUGUCGCCCGGGACCCCCUCCAUGCCCUUCCCUGUGGGGGACAUCAAACUGACACCCACAGGCUCACAGAGUGGCAUACAGAGGAAAUAUCAGCAGUGGGCACAAGAAAGGGACAAGAUGUUCAAACACAGCUUAUCGUUGUUACGUGAGGAGGUGGUGAAGGCUAACGCCCUUGUAAGGGAGGCAAACUUUCUUGCGGAAGAGAUGGGCAAACAGACCGAGUUCCAUGUCACGUUGCAGAUCCCGGCUUCCAACCUCAGCCCAAAUAGACGGCGAGGUGCUUUUGUUUGUGAGCCGGCGAUUACCGUGAAACGACGACAGCGCGGGAGUCAAGUAUGGAGCAUGGAGAAGUUCGAGAACAAAAUAAUCGACAUGCGAGACAUGUAUGAGGAGAGGAAAACGUCAGGCGUCCCACUUCGGGUAGACGAAAGUGAUGAAUCAGAGUCGGAUGAGGGCCCACCACAGAAGGGCGACCCAUUUUACGAGUCGUACGAGAACCACAACCUGAUUGGUGUGGCUAACGUAUUCCUUGACUGCCUGUUCUACGAUGUGAAACUCGACUACCAGGUGCCCAUCAUCAGCCAACAAGGGGAGAUUGCUGGCAAGCUGCAUGUUGAGAUCUCAAAACUUGGUGGUGACAUUAUGGACCGGUUUGCGGACAUCAACUGUGAGGACAGUGAUGAAGAAGAGGAGGGAUCGUCCCCUCUAGGCACACCCCUUAUCAUCAGGGUGAAGAUUAAAGAAGCUAAGGGUCUUCCAAAGGACCUUUCCAACUUUGUGUUCUGUCAAUACACAUUCUGGGACCAUGAUGAGAUGGUGUCCGUGCCGCCCGACAUUAACCCUGAUACCUCCUGCCAGGGACGGACCACAAAAACUGUCAUGUUUGCCCAUGAGAGGGACUUCAAGGUGUACAUGACAGAAGAGUUUGUGGAGUACGCCCAGGACUGUGCCCUCUCUAUCGAGGUCUGGGGUCACAAGGUGAUCGAGUUCGGUCAACAGAUGUCCCAGUUUGACUCCUUGCUCCGCUCCAACUCCAUCGCUGACAGGUGGAUGGAGGUGUCUAGGAAGGUGGAACUAUUUGUGGAGAUACAUGAGGUGAAUGACCAGGGGGAGUAUGCCCCGGUGGAGGUGAAGGCCCAGCCUGAUGUUCCAUGUGCAGGAGUCUUCCAACUCAGACAGGGCCAUGCCAGGCGUAUUCAAGCUCGUAUCAAGUCCCAGUCCAACUCGGGGACACUUCCCCUCAUCUGUGAUAGCAUCAGUUCUAUAUCAAUCGGUUGUAUCUGCGCACGGUCAAAACUCCAGAAGGGCCUCGACUCGUACCAGGAGGAGGACUUGAACCUGCUGAGAGAACGCUGGAGUGAGGCGUUGUCUCGGCGACAGAAAUACCUUGACAACCAAAUACAGACGUUGAUGAACAAGCAAGACAAAACUGAGGCAGACUGUGACCGAGAGCGAGCCCUUAUUGAACAGUGGGUUUCCCUGACCGAGGAAAGGAAUGCCGUGUUUGUCCCUGCCGCAGGAAGUGGCAUACCUGGUGCUCCUGCUGACUGGACAGUGCCCCAUGACAUGGAGCAACACCGACCAGUCCUGUAUCUGGACCUCAACUCAGACGACAUGACAACACCAAGUGCAAAGGAGGGCCUUCAAGCGGCCAGCAUCAACUCCAUUCUUCCCAAGGAACAGUCUGCCGGCUACAUUGUACUGCAAAACUUCCGAGCGUACAGUGAGAAUGAUCAUGUGUGUGGUGUUGCAUCCUGGGAUUCAUCCAUGCACGACUCCCAGCAUUUAAACAGAAUCACAGGCAACGAUAGUCGGGUUUACCUCAUAGUAAAGGUUAUACUACGUCUGAGUCACCCCGCAUUCAUGGAGGUCGUGCUCCGGAAGAGGAUUUGUGUGAACAUCAAACAUCGUAACAUGAGCCUUACAGAUAAACUGAAGAAAAAAAUGUGGAUGGUUGGGGAAAGCCUUCAUGCCAGCAGGGUCACAUUUGAUGUGGUGUCUAACAUUCCAAAGGCAUCUGAAGACCUAGAACAUAUGGAGAGUCUUGCCCAGAUGGCUGCGUCCCAGAAUGAAGUGAGCGCUGCUGACGGGGAAACGUACAUCGAGAAGUACAUCAAGGGUGUCUCCGCAGUGGAGAGUAUUCUUACGCUGGAUCGGCUACGACAGGAGGUUGCAGUAAAGGAACUACUGGCCAAGAAGGGGCAGUCACUCCGCAAGACAACAAGCACACCUAAUAUCAAUCAGCCAAGGUAUCCAUUCCCCAGUUUUGUCACAACCCCACCAGGGCUUGGCGAAAGGAUGCGGUUUGAGAGCAUCCAGGAUCUGACCAUGCACGACAACGCAUUGAAGUCUGCCUCGGGAACGCCAGCUCGACCAAAGUCUUUAGAUCUGAAAAUCCCCUCCUCCCUCAAUGUGACCCCUAAAUCUGCCCUGAAUGCCCUGAGCCCUAUGGACAGGAGAAGCAACAUCAAACCCCUGCAGCCUCUUCAGGAGGAGAGAAAUAGGGAGCAUAAACAGCCCCUUAUGGAUGGGGAGGAAGACGAAGAUUAUUUAAGUCCAGAUAUAACCUCAUCCGACUUCCAUUCCGACAAUGCUAAACAGACUUUAGACUUCUCCGAAACAUCACUUGAUACAAGCUUCUCAAAAAAAGAGUUACUGGAAAACAAACAGGAUCUGAUGAGCUUAAAAGAAGAAUUUGCCAAACUCAAGAAAAAAAUUGUGGAACCGGAACCAUCUAGCUCGACUUCAGAUGACUUUCAGGAUUUUGAAUCAUACGAAAGCCAGCAACAAAGUGCAAACGCAACUCAAAAACAAGUGGAUUUUGAACCGACAAAGCCAACUGCCAUAUCCCACUCAACAACUUGUGACAGCAUAGCUGAAAGUCAAGGUAAAGGUUAUACUGCCAGUAUGACAUCUAGUGGCUAUGGUUCGCAGGCAGUCUCAACCUUGACCUUGUCCUCUGAAGAUUCCCUUAGUCUUCGGAGUAAUGAGGAAAAUGAUAACAGCAAAGCAGCGAGGAAACAGGGCAUUGAACAUACAAGCAGUGGUGAGAGUGACGGCGAUGAGAAUGGUCAAGGUUAUAGGGACACUGAAGGUCAAGGUCAUAGUGUUAAUUCUAGUCUGGAUAGCUCUGAGGAGAAAGAUAUAGCCUUGGAAACAGGUGAGGGAAGGAAGACGGAUGAUGGAAGGGCUAAACUUGGUGAAGACGUGAUUGCAAGUGCUAGCAAUGACACUUUGGAAAAUAUGGAUGAAGAUCAAAAUGUUGAUGAUAGGUUAACUAUUGUUGAUGACGUAGAAAAAAUUUCUUUGAAAUCUGAUCUCACAGAUGAUAGUGGUGAAAAUGGCAAUACUGGUGAAGGUGUAAGUCUUCAUAUAAGUGAGGAAGACCUUUCAGUUCAGCCUAAUCCUAGUAAUAAACAAAUUAGUCAAGAAAAUGUGCAAUGUCAUGAUAAUGUAAAAAUAGAUGUAAAUGAUAGUGAAACUAAUGUUAGAGAAGUGGACAGUGUUGAAGAUGAUGUCAGCAAGAAUGCUACAAUAGCUGAUGCAGAAAUAAAGACAGAUGAAGUUUCUGGAGGUCAAAGUUCUGCCGAAAAUGUAUCAAAGUCUUUCAAAGGUAGUGAUAGUUCUUCAAACACUUCCCGUGGCCCUGUACAUUCUGAUAGCAUAGACCCUUACAGUCUUGAAGCUAUGGAAGAGCUGGAAAGGUUAGGUGAUGAAUUUGGUCCAGAUAACUCUGAAUUUACAAUGAAUGAGACUGGUAACAAUUUAGGAGGUGAAAUGGACAAAAGUGGGCGAGUAGGAGGAACGACUCCAAAACGAACGAAAGGACUGAAUGACAGUUUCAGUAAGUGUGAUCUUGAUAUAAAGCCAGAGCAUCAAAGCACUCCCAAGGCAAGAGGUGGUUGUAGGCGGGACGGGAUCAGGUCGGAGCCAAGGCAGAGGCCUGUGUCGUGUAUUGUGACCUCUGGCAAUGAUCUGCUAGAGUGCUCCCUGCAGGAGAGAAACAAACGAAGCAGUAUGGACUUCUCGGAUGAACAUCUGUCAGAAGAUGGCAUGAGUGUGUGCUCCUUUGGUUCGCGUGCAGACCUCGACCGAUUGUCAGAGGUCCCUGUCCCGUCCUGGGUGAUGGUGGGGGAGAGCGUAAUUGUCACGUCCUCCAAGAGUGCCAGCAAGAUGACGGGCGUGGUGCAGUUUGUUGGCAAUGUGGAGUUUGCAAGUGGACCUUGGGUUGGGGUCGAGCUGGACUUGCCGGAGGGUAAAAAUAACGGGUCAGUAAAUGGCAUUCCAUACUUCAAGAGUCGGCCACGACAUGGACUGUUUGUACGCCACGACAAGUUGAUACUCGACAAAAAAAGGAGGGGGUCUCGGAAAAGUGCGGCAAACUUGAUGGGAAGAAAAAGCGUGGGUGGGGGCCACAGCCCUGCGACCAAACAAGGGGGCUCUGUUAAAAGAAAAUAGCUAUGUCAAUGAAAUGACCUUUUUGGCGCUUCAGUCGUGUGAUUGUCUGUUAGCUACUUUUGAGGAUCGAUCAGUCUUGUGUUUCUGCUUAGUUUCAAUCAGAUCAAAUAUUAUUAUUAUUAUUAUUAUUAUUAUUAUUGUGUUCGUUUUUAAUAUGUACUGUAAGAGAAGUGUGAUAUGUUGGUUCAUAGAGUGACUAAUGCAUGAUUGUAUUAACUCCUGAUGUGAAUUAACUUAAAGAUAGUUGAUACUGUAUUGUAUCAUUGUGGUGGCAUUGAUCGUUAUGGCAAAAAGAUGGGAUUUAUGUUAGCCAUUUACAUAGAAAAAUAAAAUACUAAUUAUUACAACAGAAAAAUGACAUAUUAAUUAUUACAUCACUCAUAUCUGGAUUCAUGUUUGUAUCAUAUAUAUCAUCCAAAAUACUCAAACUAAAGUACUAAAAUCCACUUUGAUUGACUGAACCCCGGUUUUAUUAGGCCAAUGACCAAGUUUAUUAUUGUUUGCCGUGUCUCUUAUUGACUUCAGGUAAUGUUAACAUUAUCAAACAUUCCUGUUUUUAGCUCGUCUGGUUUUAAAAUAAAAUUUUGGUGUUGUGGUCUUCGUUGGUGUCCUCUUGCAAAAAUUAGAAAAAAAGAAAUCAGAUAUUUCUAUGAAACUUGGUACAAUAGUCGAGUUGCAAGAGACAAUGUUCACAUGUUUAGCAAAACCCAUAUCUCUGGCCUUAAUAAAUGUUGAGUGCUCCUUGUUUUAGUGUAAAAACAACAAACUGGCAUCAGGGUUCACCUGGUGGCUCUCUUGUCAAGUGAUUUGAAAUGCUUUGAAUAAAAGAUAUAGAUUAUUUCAUCACAAGUUAUUAGAUUUUUUGCAAUUAGUCUAAGAGACAAAUACUUGGUUUACGGAACAUGGUAUCAUUCUAAAGACUCAUUUUAUAGUCAGGCCGUAGUUCAUGUAAUGAAACCAUAUUCUAGGAUUUUAUAUUUAUUAGAAAAAUGUCAUUCAACAGCAUCUCAAGACAUUGUGUCAUUUCCAUUAUCAUUUUGAGAUUGAACAUUUAAUUGCGGCAUAAUAUAGCUAUGUUAAGGUCAGUGUAGAUUCAAAUUUACAUCAAUCAUUUUGUUAUAUUGCAAAUACUUAUUCAUGAGACCAAUACCAUUUAGAAAUUCACCAAAUUUUGAAGUGAGAACAUAUUGGCGUAGUUAGGUAUUUAAUUUAACAUUUUGAUGCGUUAAUCAUGUUUAUAAAAGUCUGUAUACAUACUAGGAUACAGUAGACAUGAUUGUACUUAAAUAGUAAUAAAGGUCGUUUGUUACAUAAAUGAUAACAUAUUGAUUAAUAAUUAGUGCUGUAAAAUAUACACAAAUGCAAAAGAGACGUGCCUGCACAAUUAUUAAUUUUAAAUUGUGUGCAAAGUAUUUUCUCUUUUCAUUUUAUGCUUUUGACUUGAAACAUAAGGUUUGUAACGAUGUGCUCAAGCAGAGAUUAGAUUGGUAAAAACUUUAAAGGGCGCUCAAUAUGCUUGGGGUUAGGAUAUUUCUGAUAAUCGGUUUCAAGAAAUUACUGUGUAAUCGAUUUUUGUCGAUUUUGGUGUUAUUUGAUCGUUUUUGUAUGAUAAUCGAUUUCCAGUACAUCACUGAGUGAGUGCAUGUUAUAGGAAGUAGGUUUUUCUGUGUCCGUCUCAACUUUCUGGGUGCUCUGAUUUGACUAUGCCAUAGUUCAGAAUGGGUCUAGACAGAGUUAUUCUGCUUUGAAGAGAAGUUUUCAUGCAGUCUCAAUAUCUUCAUUUGAUUUUAAUUGAAUGAUUAAGUCAUUCAGUGUACCGUACAUCUAGUGCUAUAACUCCAUGAUAAUUAUUUUGUCAUGCUUUAUAGAAUUGUUACAAAAAUGUGUAAAACUUAUUAGCCGGAUUGUUCAGAUUAUUGUUAAAGUUAACAGCAUGAUUAAAUUCAUCGUUGUUAACUUUGAAAGGUGAAAUAUUUUACGAUACAGUACACUCCACGCGGAACUACCAUUUUCCGUUUUCCUCGGCGGAUUUCAUUCAUCGCGGACACGACAUCCAAUUGAUCAUAAUCCUCUUUCCUCGGCGUUUUUACUCGUUCACCCACCGAGGCUGAUCAGUGGGCCGUAUAAUUACAAUCGCCGCGUUACUCGGAGGUAAAAACACCGCGAAACUCGGAGGAAAACCGAUAAGAAUCUCCCACUAUAUCUAAUUUUAUUUAAUUUAUUUGAUAAUUUUUGCUACACCCGUAAUUGUUUAUAAAAAUAAUUUAUUUCGCUUAACUUAUACCACACUUAUAGACUGUAAGAAGCAAUUAUGUACAGUUAUACUUAUUGAAUCAUCAAUAAAAGUCAACACAUUCAAUGAUAUAGGUAACUAAUUAAUGUGAUGAAUUAAAGUUGGAAAUGCAAUACUCCAGUUACAUUCGAAAACACCACUCAGACUCAUUAAUCCUGCAUAACAAUAUACAUGCUCUCCAUGAGAUCCUCGUGGGUAAAAAUGUGAGUUAUGUGACGUCACACAGAGUGACUGUUUGAUCUGAAGCCGAUAGAAUGUGUUAUUCAUUUCAAUGCAUGUAUAAAAUGGUGUUGAAUGGGAUUUUAAUUAACUUGAUAAAGGAUUUACACUUAUAUGCGUAAUAAAUAAGUUUAGAACCAUUGAUAACUACGGAUAAAUUAAUAAGUCAGGUAAGAUGCAAAUUAGGAAAAAAGACCGAAAAAUAUUCACACUUACAAAGUUCUCAACACCUUCAUUACUCCAAUCUAAUUUAAGUUCUCAACACCUUAAUAUAGUAAGAGAAAGAUAACAAUGACAAACACAAACGCACGCUAUGGUAUAUCUUUUAAUUACAUAAUGUGAAAAACAACAGUUGUUUGACGAUGCUGAUGAAAAUUGAUAUGGAAAUUUUCGAUAAUUGUUGUUAAAAAGAAACUUACUGUACUUUGAAAAAUUAAUUAUUUAAUACUGUUUUAACAGGAGCAAUGUACUGUAGUAGCUAUGCACAACACGCGGAGUUCCGCGAUUAGGUCAAUAAAUCGAUACGAUCACCGGCGCUACCGGCAAUAAAACCCUCCAUAGAAAAUGAUUGACUCGGUGCAACUCGGCGAAAUUUAGCGAGGAAAAAGGUUGCGUACUCGGCGGAAAUCCGCGAUAAAUUAAAAACGCCUCCGAGUCACCGAGGAAAGUGGUAGUUCCGCGUGGAGUGUACUGUAUGUUUAUAUAUUUAAAUAAAACAAGUACAGCUGAAAUAUUUGUCUCAAACUUUGUAAGGAAGUCUGCAGAAUGUUCCAGGACAAUAAAGAUUACAACAAUGACCUUUACAAUGUUGUUAACUUAAGGCUGCACUCUCACAGAUUGAACAUUUUGACAACUUUUUUUUUUUUUUUGUCUU